AUGACUGAACAUAUGCAGUUUAUUUUACCGUAUAUUAAAGGAGUCAGAAGUGUAGAUAGUCCGGGAAAUCUUCCUUCCCCUCCGAAUGUUAUGGACGAUGAAUUUAACGAAGCUGAUGAAGUUGAAAACACCGAAGAAAAUGGAUUUGAAUCGACUGCAGAAAAUUUAAACAUGAAUAAAUCCAGCAACGAACAAGUAUUUACUCCAAAUUUUAAGAAAAAAAAGACUUCAGAUGUGGCAGAUCAAUGUUUCAUUGAUUAUAUUAAUACUAAAAAACAAAAUUCCAAAAAAUAA